UAUGCACACAGAUCACAGAACUGUGUGUCUCAGUCGUUAACUCCUCGACCUGCUUCACAGGCCUCAUGGCUUUGGCAAUUAAUAUAUCCACAGAGCAUAAAAAUCUUACACAGACACCUCUGCUCAAGAUCUGGGUGCCAUGGAUUGGAGGCAACUUGAACCGCAGGAGAGGGUCCUCUGUGCCUCAGUUCUGUAACUCUCCCACAAUGAUUGUGAUGGUUGGAUUGCCAGCCAGAGGGAAGACAUACAUUUCCAAGAAGCUCACUCGUUACCUGAACUGGAUCGGGGUUCCAACAAAAAUGUUUAACGUGGGUCAGUACCGCAGGGAGGCCGUCAAGAUCUAUAAAAACUUUGAAUUCUUCAAACCUGAUAAUGAGGAAGCCAUGAAGAUUCGCAAGGCCUGUGCAGCAGCUGCACUCAAAGAUGUUGCUUUGUACUUCACAAAGGAACAGGGGCAAGUAGCCGUAUUUGAUGCUACAAACACCACAAGAGAGAGGAGGGCAAUCAUUCUUAGUUUUGCAAUGGAAAUGGGCUACAAGGUGUUCUUUGUAGAAUCCAUCUGUGAUGACCCAGAAAUCAUUGCAGAGAAUAUCAAGCAAGUAAAAUUCGGCAGCCCUGAUUAUGCAGACCGUGACAUAGAUGAAGCCAUGGAAGACUUCAUCCAGCGCAUCGACUGUUACAGGGCAAGCUACAUGCCUAUAGAUGAUGAGAAAGACAGGAAACUCUCCUACAUAAAGAUCUUCGAUGUGGGCAGUAGAUACCUUGUGAACCGGGUCCAGGACCACAUUCAGAGCAGAAUAGUCUACUACCUCAUGAACAUACACGUCACACCAAGAUCCAUCUACCUGAGCCGCCACGGAGAGAGUGAACUCAACCUGUUAGGUCGGAUUGGUGGAGACACAGGCUUAUCCCCUAGAGGACAAAAGUAUGCUAGUGCCCUGGCGACCUUCAUCAAGGGACAGAAAAUCAGUGACCUCAAGGUGUGGACGAGUCACAUGAAGAGGACCGUCCAGACUGCAGAGGCUCUGGGAGUCCAGUAUGAACAGUGGAAGGCUCUUAAUGAGAUAGAUGCGGGUGUAUGUGAGGAACUAACUUAUGAGGAAAUUCAGGAGAAUUUCCCAGAAGAAUUUGCACUGAGAGACCAGGACAAAUAUCGCUAUCGGUACCCAAAGGGUGAGUCCUAUGAAGAUCUAGUCCAUCGUCUAGAGCCAGUCAUCAUGGAGCUGGAGAGGCAGGAAAAUGUUUUGGUCAUUUGCCACCAAGCUGUGAUGCGCUGCCUGUUAGCCUAUUUCCUUGACAAACCUGCAGAUGAGCUGCCUUAUCUAAGAUGCCCUCUUCACACUGUGCUCAAGCUCACACCGAUAGCCUACGGGUGUAAGGUUGAGUCAUUUUUCCUCAAUAUUGAAGCUGUCAACACACACAGAGAGAGGCCAGUGAAUGUCAACAUCACCAGAAAACCAGAGGAAGCUCUGCAGACUGUUCCUGACCACAUAUAAACACUGUUUGCUGGGAAACUGAGUUAUGUGAAACUGGAUUUGUUACUACUGAUAAGCUUCACUAAAUUUUAGAGAUGCACUCCAGUCACAGCUGAAUGUGGGGAAAUAGAAGACAGGAGGUCUUUGAAGCUGAAGAGGUGAUUCUAGACACGGGACUACAUCGACACCGAAGCACAAGGAGUGAGUGAAAAGGGCAUAACCUACAGCUGGCUCUGUUUUCAGGAUGUCUGUGGAAUAUUUCUGUCUUAUCAGACUUAAUGUGGUUUUCUUUUCUGAAAGCACACAGUGUUUACAAAUGAUUUAUAGACAGUAAUAAUGCGCUUUGUCUUGAGCUGAAGGCAAGAAUAAAAUUGUAGAUGUAGAUGGGUUUUCAUUGUCACUCUUAACCUGGGCCUUCAUGUACAUUUAACUGUGGUACAGAUAAAAUGUGUUGUUGAUCAUCAAGUUAUGUAAUUAGGAAUCAGCACCAUGGACAGCACCCAAACAAAACAUUUACUUUAUACUUGGAUGACUGUAACUACUGUAAUGAAAAUUAAAUAGCAUGGUGAGUUUGAAUAAAUGAAAAUUGUACAUAGAAAAUAUAUA